GAGAGAAACGCGAGACCGCGACGCGCGAGGCAAAGCAAACUUCGAUGUUGAUGGAAUUUACAUCGCUGAUUCAGGCGGUCGAGCGGUCGCAGAACUCGCAGUCUCGCAGAUUUUAGAUUUUAGUAGUGUAUUCGCAGUGUUGGGUUGACGCAGGUGUCAAUAACGAUUACUAACCUGCGAAAAUCGUAAUCGUAGGUUGCUUUUGGCUGUAAAAGUGCAACAAAUACGAUCACACUGCGGAAUUUUAAACGCUAAUGAGCAAAUGAACAAUGUGAUUUUACUCUUUUAAUAAACUAAACGUGAUUUUAAGUUUCUUGUUUUCCCUUUUCUCGCAAUUUUUGGUUGUUUUCACUGAACUGUGUCAAGGAGUUCAAAGAUUUAAUCAACCAACCGGACACCAUGAAAGGGGAACACGAAGAGUCUCCUUCUAGUUCACCAACUAGUAAGAAGAGUACUCUUAAUGAUGGUCUCUUGAUCGUCCCAAAUAAUGUCAGAUGUAUGGUCAAAAGUACAGUGACGGAACACAGAAGAACAGGUUCAACAGGUACUACCGGUGACGAAUCUUAUACAACAGAUGACGAAGAAGAUAUCGAUGAACCCGACAUUACAAUCAAAGACCACGUGACACGUAAUCUCUUCAACAACCAUGACCCCGGGACAUUCGGUUGUUUUUCCGAUAUCUCUACUAUUACAGAUAAGGUCAGCAGACACUUGAGUGUGAUGAACAGGAACAGUUCAGACAGUUCUGUGUACAGUGACAAAUACGUGGAAGAACUCGGUUUAGACGAGAAAGGGCUCUGUUCGGAUGACAAGGACCAUGACAGUGAUAACAAAAGUGGUGCUAGCGGUAGUGAUAGGGGAAAUUGGACUUUACCGGUGGUUGAGGUUAAGGAACAAUCGUUUUUGAGGUUGCAGAAUGAGUUAAUUGAAGCCAAUCAGGAGUUAAAAUUGAGGGAUCAGGAGUUGACUAGGUUAAACCGGAUGCAGCAGAAUGUUGAGUCUGAAUUGGAAGAUUUGACCGCAAGUUUGUUUCAAGAAGCACAUAAUAUGGUUAGAGAGGCUAACGAGAAACAAGCCGCAGCCGAAAAAGCUCUCAAAGAAAGUCAAAUGAAAGUUGACGUUCUGACUGCCGAAGUGACUGCCUUAAAAACUUUAGUUUUAACUUCAACUCCUAGUCAUCCUAAUCCACACCUGCAUCCCCAAAUUGCCAACGAAGCUGGUGUGGUAUUGUUUACGAGGAAGCAUCGAAGAUCGCCUUCUCACUUCAAUCUCAAAUAUGGCAGAGAAAACUCGCCACCGGACUCGCCUGUUAAAGACGUAGUUCACAUUACUUCAGAGAUUGAAAGCAAAGACGGCUUGGAGGUUGACCCAGUGAUUCACAAAGAAUUCCUUACUUGGCGACAGAAACCAGUUUUGGAAAAGGACGAUCCAUUCAUUCAGCGAAUUUACAAGGAAGACAUUGAUUUGUGUUUGCAUUUCAACAACAAAGAUUUGAAUGAACGAGUUAUCCGAGCUGUGGAAACCGGAACCAUUCUGAUCGAGGCCAUAGGUGACAAGAGCAAGGCUAUGUUUCCGAAAAAGUGCGCAUUAUUGGAAGUUCCAAGGUUAUGUUUCUACAGGAUGAAUAUCGGAGAAAACGAUGACUGGUACAACAUAUCACAAAUAUGCCGAAAUAGGAUAAUUGCUGUCUGUGAUUUUUUAAAUUACCUCAAAUACAUCGAAGGAGGAUUAGUUAAGAGUUCUGCUCACGACGUUUAUUGGGAAAUCGUCAGAUUGAGAAAAAACAUAUGUUACGCAAGACUUGGACUCGUUCUUUCAUAAAUAUCUCGCCAAUACUCAUGACGUGCCAAAUUUUUGUUUUUUAGAUGUUUAAUUGUUUAUUAAGAUCUGAUUUUUUUGAAUCCAAAGAUUAUUAUUAAGUGACGCUAUUUUAAAGUACUUUUAUUAUAGAUCCUUGUAGUAGACAUUUCUUGAAAUCAGUGUUUGUUUUUAAUUAUGUGCAAUUCUCAACAAAAAAAAUAUGUAAAAAUUAUACAUUAGAAUUAUUAUUAAAUUAAAAACUUUUUAUUUAA